CCCAGCGACCAUGCGGAGCCUGCUGAUAGUGCUGCUCGCCGUCUGUGCCGGCCGCGCGGCCGGGCGCGCGGCGCCCAACAACGUGCAAACGGUGGUGGCCGGCUCCCAGACGGGCUUCACGACCGGCGGCGGCUCGCUGGUGGGCUCGGCGCGCGGCGCGGCGGCCGCCGCUUCGCAGAGGGUGUUCCGCGUGCCAGGGCACACCCAACUGGACACGCGCGCCUCCAACGGCGCCGUCACCCUGCAGGGCGCCUCCGCCGGUCACGGCCAGUUCGCCCAGCAGGGGUCAGUUCUGACCGGCACCAACAGCCAUCUGGGCAGCGUGACGGCCGGCGGCGUGGCGACCAAUAAAGGCGCCUCGCACAACGCCGCGCUGGGCAACGCCGUCACAGGCGCGGCGUCCGGGCGUCAGCGAGUGUCCCAGGCCGGUGUGUUGGUCAACCCCGGCGGCCAGCGUGUCGGCCAGGUCAACACGGGUCUCGACCUGAGCGCUGUGGCGAGCGUGGCCGCGCAGGGCGCCGUCCGCGGCACAGGAACCUUCGGCGGCACCAACACCCUGACCGCCACGUCGCGCCACGUGAGCCCCGUGGCGCUGCCCGGUGCGGCCUUGCCCGGCGGAAACGUGCUGGUCGGCGUGGGACAGCCGGCUGUGGCUGCUCCUCCAGCACCGGCAAUGAAUAGAGGCGGAGGGAUGAUGGGCAUGAUGGGGGGAAUGCGGCGUGGGCGUGGUGGUAGACGGCACAAGGAUUAGUGCCCAAUAUCCCGCAAAAAGUGCACAGCUUUAAGGUAUUCUUUCUUACCCUUAAAUUUCCUGCACCAUGCCUCAAAUUUCGUCGGAUAUUAAAGACACCCCGAAAAAACACACGGAAAACAACGCAAGAACUGAACUAUCUGUAACAAUCGAAGAAAACACAACAUUCAUAAACAGCACAAUGGCGCAAGUGUUAACAGCCUGUGUAUGCCUCUACUUCACAUAAGCACGAAAGGGAGCUGAUAUGCAAUGACCACGUAAACGGAGAUAUGAGAUGGGGGAUACAGCCAGCAAACAAGAUGUAAGGCAAACACAGGAGUGGAGACGCUCUUGCUUCGAAAUGUCCUGAAAUGCUUGCCCUCGGACAUGAACGAAGAAAAGGAAUAGCAGCACUCACACUGCUUUCAUUCCCACAUGCUUGACAGAGUUCAUCACAGGGAGGGCCUAACAAAAGACCAGGAAGCCACUACAAGGAUCUGUGUAGUUGCAGAGUUCCGCAGAACGCCACCAUCCUGUUCGGGCCCUCUUCAAUGCCGGUUUUAUCUUUGUUAAGAUCUUGCCUGCUCACAUACGCAAUGUACGCGCUCCACCUUACAUGCAAAUGCUCUCCUUUAAGGUCAGACUGAUAGCAUCGGCAUUGUUUUGUGUUCCUGUAUCGCUCGUUUCUCUACGUCCCCCGUCCUGCAGCAACUGCAGGCCGUUACAGUGCCUCCACUGCCCAAUGCGUUGUGACAACUGGUGCAUAAGAAAAUACACGACAUGAGCGGAGCAUUC